AUGUCAGUUAACACUGUCACUUUUGUAAACCCCUCUACUUGUGAACGACUGUUUCGGUCUGGCGUCUGGCUGAAAGCGAUAGGUGGCAAUGUCUCUUCAUUCAUUAUUUAUCUACAGACAUGCGCGCUGUGGGGGAACCGGAAAGCGGUCGCAAUCCCUUUAUUUCUACUCCAAGUCGUGAGUCUAAUCGACCCUGGAACAUUUGUCAGACCGUCGCUAACAGAGGGGUUGCAGUGGGAUAAAGUGAAGUAUCUCGCUCCCAGAGAAUUUGGAGGAUACUGUGUGUUCGUUGGGGGCAUCGGUUAUGUUCGGUGGGCAUACCUGGUGAUUUGCGUCACGGAACUCACGACCGUCUGUUUCACACUGGUUAAAGCUUUUGAGCACGUCCGGAGAUCGAAUUCCCUUUGGGUAUCUCAGCUGUACAGAAACGGGAUUCUAUACUCCCUUUGCAUGCUCAUCUUGAGUCUAUGCAACAUGAUAGUCUCUGAAUUGCCACUGAAGGACCCCGUUUAUGCUGGCGUGAUGACUCGGUAG